UCUAGACUCGCCCCUCCCUUUUUGACAAGAUGGCGGCACCCAGCUGUAACGCGCCGGGCCUGUGGGUCCGGGGUUCCAAGCAGCGUUUGGGGAGUCUCUUUAGUCUCAUCUCAAAGCCAUUUUGUUCGGUCGCUGCUGCGUCUGGGACCGUGAGUGCCCAGCGAUUAGCGGAGAAGCUCCGAGCCCAGAAACAGGAACAAAAGACGAAGAAGCAGCCGGUGCCCACAAGCCCUGUUCAGCGGAGAGUGCAAGAACUAGUGCGGUUCACACAGCAGCUGCAGCGAGUCCACCCCAACGUGCUUGCUAAGGCUCUGAGCCGAGGGAUCGUGCACCAAGACAAGGAUCUCGUGGUCAUCAAUAAACCUUACGGUCUCCCAGUGCAUGGUGGCCCUGGGGUCCAGCUCUGCAUCAGUGAUGUAUUGCCUAUCCUGGCAAAGAUCCUUCAUGGCCACAAGGCAGAGUCCUUGCAUCUGUGCCACCGGCUGGACAAGGAAACUACAGGUGUAAUGGUGUUGGCCUGGGAGAAGGAAGUGGCACAUCAAGUCCAAGAGUUGUUUAGAACCCGUCAGGUGGCAAAGAAGUACUGGGCCGUCACUGUGCACGUCCCGGUGCCCCCAGCAGGGGUCGUGGAUAUCCCGAUCAUCGAGAAGGAGGUGCAGGGUCAGCAGCAGCACUACAAGAUGGCGCUGUCCCCAGGCUACCGCAUGGAGGAUGGGAAGAUAGUGAGAGCACGGAGCAACCGGAACGCACAUAUGGCUGUGACUCAGUACCAGGUGCUCAGCAGCACUCUGUCCUCCGCCCUCGUGGAGCUCCAGCCAGUUACCGGAAUAAAACAUCAGCUUCGAGUUCAUCUGUCUUUUGGACUGGAUUGCCCAAUCCUUGGUGAUCACAAGUACUCAGACUGGACUAAGCUGGCCCCCCAGAAGCUGUCUCUUGGUACCCUGAAGAAGCUGGGGCUGCACCAGGCGAAGGCCCGCCACAUCCCCCUUCACCUGCACGCCCACCAGCUAAUCCUGCCAGCCCUGGGGUCCAGGAAGGAGGAACUCGACUUGGUCUGCAAGCCUCCUCGCUACUUUGUAUGCUCCCUGAGACGCCUGGACUUACAGAUGCCAAGUCAGGACCAAAAUGGGGACGACGAAGCCGGACGUGUGAGAGCACAGUGAAGACCACUGGGCAAAUUGGCCCCUGAAUCCUUCACUUUGUUUAAGGGACUCUACUAACUUCUCACUUGGGACGGACUCCAGAAGAGCCAGGUGUGAGAAGUGGAAGAAACCCAGCUGCUUCUGGGCUUUUACUGGACACUAAAUUCUAUUUACUGAGACUUUGGCCACAUUCUGGGAAAGCCUGUGGGACGUCUCCCUGCCUCCGAGUCUCCUUGCCCAGAGGGAAGAGCCCAGGACCAGGCAGACUGGGUCCAUAAUUGGAAAAGGAGAAACUCCAGCACAGAACCUGUGCUCAGAAACUGUUUACACCCAACAAUAAAGCCCUUGAUCUGUCAGGAAGGUUCCUGUGGUUGGAAAGAGCACAUGAUGGUGAUCUGACUACUAGAGAAAUUCAGAAGUAGUUAGCCACUGUCUUCAUGGAUGUUCAGAAUCUAUUAGCAGAUCCUCUCUGCUCCACUUGUUUUGUCUGGGGUUUUAUAGACCGCAGCCCUAGAACGCAGGAUUCUCUCCAGCUGCAGUAGUUACUGGAGCCUGCAAAGGGGUGUUGGAUAAGCGAGAAAAGCAGAUGUAAUGGCAGGCCGGCUAUGAGGCCCUGGUGGGGAGCACACACACUGUCCAGAGAGGGCAAUUGUUAGCUCUAGCUGGGCAUUGCUCUGUGGGAACAGGUUUUCUCAUUUUUUUUUCAGAGAAUCAAGAAACCCAGAUACAGUUGAGCCUUGAACAGCGUUGAGGGGAUUGGGGACACUGACCCCCAUGCACAGUCAAAAAUCCACGUAUAACUUUUGACUCUCCCAAAAUUACCUACUAAUAGCCUGCUGUCGACCGGAAGCGAUACCAAUGACAUGAACAGUUGAUUAACAUGUAUUUUGUAUGUUCUGUGUAUUAUAUGCUGUAUUCUUACUCAGCUAGAGAAAAGAAAAUGUUAUUUAAAAAAUCAUAAGGAAGAGAGAAUACAUUUACGGUUCUAUGCUCUGUUUAUCAAAGAAAAUCCAUGCGUAAGUGACCUGUGCAGUUCAAACCCGUUGUUGGUAGAUCAGCUGUAUUUAUGUGAAAGUGCCAAGUGUAUUGCUCACUAAAUGUGUAAAACACAGCUGUCCCCAAACCCAGGUGGUCACCAAAUCUGUCGUUUCCCUCUAGAACCCCUCCUCUGAAGACAUGGUUUCCUCUGUACCCCUACCACCUCUUUCUGAGCACCAGCUUCACUCCCCACCCUUUAACUAGGAUAGGGUCGUUCCCACCAGAAACCAAACACAGAGGGGAGGGUUGAGACCAUCCCCCGGUCCCUAAGAUCAGAGCAGGGCAGGGUGGUUCUAACUAGGACAGGGACACCGCAGAACAUACCUUUACGUUUUCUCAAUCUGCUGCCCUUGGCUCUCCAGGCUUCCGGGUUGCUGUUAGCCAGAGGGCCUGGUAGGAUAUACAAAGACACAGCCUUAUAUCGGGGCUUACAAAGCAUGCCAUGUCGGGAUGCAACCUCCUUUUCCCCAGUGGGGUGGAAAGUGCUAUUUGGUGCAAUGUUAAAUUCCAACACUGAUGACCCAGGGUCAGGCCAGACUUCACAAGUUAAGGGCACAGUGUGCCACAAGACUCCUCUGCAGACACAAGCUGCAAGCUCAGGGGUUCCCAGACAACCCCCCCACCCUUCUGACCAGUCUAAGGAAUGUUUUCCUCAACCUGGAACUGGGGUUCAAGGGGUACAAGAGCAUCUGGCUCCAAGGGGCCCAAACAGACCAGGUUCAGUCCAAAGGCAGAGAGGAGCGGUGGGGAAACAAGAAACGAAUUCAUUUCAGUGAGGCCAGCCCGGGGAAGACAGCGGACUCAUGUCACAAAAGACUGCCUCUGAAGUGCCGAAAAUACUUCAGGUUUAUAUCAGGAAAAUGUGGGACAAAGGUCGGUGGGUACGUGCAGGUGGGCAGUGAAGGUCAGGUCGUUCAUUGUCUUGGGGGCAAUCACGUGGGGUCUCACUGGUGUCAGGACAGCUGUUACUGCUUGAGGGGGUAGUCUCGGUUCCCAUCACAGGAUGCUUUGCCCGCAGGGUCGUUUUGUCUGAGUUUAAGAGAGAAGCUGGAAAGAAUCAAGAAGUGCAGGCAGGUCAACAUGGGGGAGGCUGAAGUCCCCUUUCAAACCCUCUUAGGCCCUUGACUGGGUCUAAAAAUUAAACUGAUAGAAUAACAGGAGAUAAACAUAGAAAUUUAUGUGAUACAAGUUUUAUGUGGCAUGGGGGGGUCUUCAGAAGACCCCCCCCAAAACAGACUUGUGUAUUUUUUUUUUUUUUUUUUUAAGUAGGCUCCAUGGCCAGCAUGGAGUGCAGUGCGGGGCUUGAACUGAUGACCUUGAGAUCAAUACCUGAGCUGAGAUCAAGAGUCGGAUGCUUAACCCACUGAGCCACCCAGGUGCCCCAGACUUGUGUAUUUUUAUGGUGGAUGUGAUGAGGAGUGGACACUCAUGGAAUAUGGUAGGUAAGGCGUGUGAGGUAGUUAAUUGUACACUGAGGGAAACAUAGCAAAGCCUGUUUGUUAGGAUUCUUCUUGGCAUCUCACUGUCUUUGCACAAGGGGAAUCUCUUUUCCUUGGGUAGAGAGAGGGCACCUCUCAAGGAAGGGUGUGAUUCGUUUCAGGUUGAAAGGAUGAGGGGCAAAGAGGUCAAAGUGACCUUCCUGUUUCUGCCACGUUCUCAGACUUCAACUUAAAAUAUUCAGCAUGCCAAGGCACCGUAUUUUGGAGUAGCAUUUCCUGAACCCCAUUGCUGAGUACAAAUUCAGGGGUUCCUGCUCUCCCCCCAGGCUCGGUAAUUCACUGGAAUGACUCCCAGAACUCAGGAAAGUGCUGUACUUACCGUUUUAUUAAUAGCAAUAAAAGGACAGAAAUCAGGACCAGGCAAAAGGAAGAGAGGGCGAGGUCUGGGAAGGUCCCAGACUUAAAGCUGCCAUGUCCCCUCCCUGAAGAGUCAGGAUACAGCAGACUCUUCGCACUUGGAUGUGUGUUACCAACCAGGAAGGUCACUCAAGCUUCCGUGUUGCCUUUUUAUUGGGAUUCAUCCCUUCAGCAUGAUUGAUUGGCUCACUGGCCAGAUAAUUGAACUCAGUCUAGUUCCUCUCUCCAUCUCAAAACCCCAGCCUCCAAGGUGGCAAGGCCAGCCCCAUCCUGAAACUACUCUCAAGGCCACGGAGUCCCUUGUUCCUACCAAGUAUCGGGGACCCAUCAGGAAUAACAAAGCCACUCCUAUCACUUGGGAAACUGGAUUUAGAGACUUCCUCCUGGAGACCAGGGACAAGAGCCAGGCAAAUGCCUCGCAACAUUCAGUUUCCUCUCUCCACCCCCAGCUCCCUUCGGAUCCCUUCACCUUUUUGUCUCCCAGUGAGUGACAGCCUUGCUGGCUGUCUCUCCAGAUGCCCCUGUCCCCUGGGGCCUUCAGGUCCUUAAGGCAAGCGGCCUUGAGAUGUUUCUGUUCAUCUCCUCCCCCGCACCCUACUCCUAUCUGCUACAGUCCACAGCGGUGAGGAUGGAUUGUCAGGGCUGACCAUCACACAGUAGGGGGAAGCUCUUCUUCCGUGGGCUUUUUCGCUCACUGUGUAAAUGCAGUCAGUGACCUGUCCCCAGACACAGCCUGCACGCACAGGUAACCCAGGCCUUCUAGCCCCCACCAGUCUGUCGAUAACACACAAACGCCCCACCCUAGAUGUGUCGACAGAAGCCCCAUGCUGUUCAUGUCACCUCUUAAGUACUCCCCCCCCCCCCCCGCCACCGACUAAUUCCCAUUCUCACACCUGGUGGGCUCUUUGCCUGUUUCCAGUUUACUCCCUGGGACUCCUCAAGGCUGUGUGCAGAAUGUUUUGUGGGGAGAUUAACAUACGAGUAAGGAGACUUGUGAGGGACCCAUGUAAUGGUCCAGAUGAGCUGGGACAGGUUUGGAGAUGAGUGGACUAGACAUUUAAAAUGCGGCUCAGAAGUCCAAUGGGUAGAACUGAUUGAAUGUGGCAUAGAGGUUGAAUCAAAGAUGACUCCCAGGAAGUCUCUCUGAACAACGGAUUAGAUGAGGUGAGUUGGCAAUAAAUAGGGAAGGAACAGGUUUCGGGGUAGCCCUCCCAGUCCCAAGUAAGUGCUGUUAUACUUUCAUGCAUGCACAGAGGGAGGAACAGAGGAUGGAUGGUCAUUACCUGGGUGUUCCUGAAGCACGGUGAGCAUGUGUCUGUCUUCAUUGUUGAGCACUGACCACAGAGCAUCUUAAUCAUUUCCUCGAAUUAUAUCUGCCUCCUCCCAGGCUGUGAUCUUGUGAUCUUCUUGUGGGCACCAAGGCUUUCAAAUUUGUGUCUCUGACCCCCAAGCACUAUACUUGUAAGCCCUCCAAAAGUGACUACCAACCAGAGGCAGCCAUAGCACUGGGUGGGGGUCAUUCUCAGGCUCUGGAGCCAGAUGGGCUUUGGGUUCACAUUCUGACUCUAAUGUUUAUUUGCUAUGACAGUGGGUAAUUUAUUUAUCUGAGCCUUGGUUCACUCAUCUGCAAAAUGGGUUUAAUAAGAAUACCUAUAUUAUUUUAAGGAUUAAGUGAAUUUGUAUUAAAUUCCCAGAAUAGUCCCUGACAUAUUGUAAGAGUCCAAUUCAUGUAAUAUACUAGGUUGAAGCAGAUUAAGUUUGCCAUUCAAAAACAUCUUUUUUGAGAUCAGGUUCAAAUACUAUAAUAUUCAUCCAUUUAAAGUGUAUAAUUCAAUGGUUUUAUAUUCACAGAUUUGGACAACCAUCUAACCUAAUUUUAGAAUAUUUUCAUGCUUACAAAAAGAAAUCUUAUGCCCAUUUAGCAGUUGCUCCCCAUUCCCACUCAUACCCAGCCAUGUCAACCACUAGUCUAUUUUCUGUCUCUAUAGAUUAGCCUAUUUCAGAUACUUCCUAUAAAUAAAUCAUGGGAUAUAGGAUCUUUUGUGCCUGGCUUCUUCCACUCAACAUAAUGUUCUCAGGGCUCAUCCAUGUCAUAACAUAUAUCAGUACUUCAUUUCUAUUUAUUGAAUAAUAUUCCAUGGUAUAAAUAUGCCAAUUUUCAUCUAUCCAUUUAUCAAUUAAUGAUUUUUUCACUUUUUGUUUAUUAUGAAACAUUCAUGUACGUUUUCAUUUUUCUUGGGUACCUACCUAGCAGGUAUGUACAUAACCUAGUGGAGUUGUUGGAUCAUAGGUAACUGCUUAAUACUUGUGGAACUGCCAAGUCUGUAUUGCAAAGGGGUUGCACCAUUUUACAUUCCCAGCAACAAUGUGUGAGUGUUCCAGCGUCUCACCAACGCUUGCUAUGACCUGGCUUUCUGAUUAUAACCAUCCUCGUGGAUGUGAAGUGAGUUCUUGUGUGUGUGUUUUUUAAAUUGAAAUAGAGGGGUGCCUGG